AUGACUGCCCAGGACUCAGACACCUGGGAGACUGGAGUGGACCAAGAGAACCAGCUGGACACGCAGGCCGAGGAGCCCGGGGCAGCCAGCCCCUCCCAGCAGAAGUCCUGGCUGGUGCUGUACUUGUCCCUGUUACUGCGGCGGGACCAGCUGGCCCAGAAGGCUGGGCAGCUCUUCUCGGGGCUCCUGGCCGUCAACGUGAUAUUCCUGGGUGGGGCCUUCAUCGGCAGCAUGAUUUUCAACAGCGUGGCCAUCACACUGGGUGACGUGUGGAUCCUGCUGGCCGUGCUCAAGGGCCUGUCGCUGCUCUGGCUGUUCUAUUACCUCCUGGGCACCACCCGCCGGCCGCACGCUGUGCUCUACCGGGACCCUCACGCCGGGCCCAUCUGGGUACGGGGCUCGCUGGUGCUGUUUGGCAGCUGCACUGUCUGCCUCAACAUCUUCCGUGUGGGCUACGACGUGAGCCACGGCCACUGCAGGUCGCAGGUGGAGGUCGUCUUCCCUGUCAUCGAGAUCAUCUUCAUGGGCGUGCAGACCUGGGUGCUCUUGAAACACUGCAAGGACUGUGUGCAGGUGCAGACCAACUUCACCAGGUGUGGGCUCAUGCUGACCCUGGCCACAAACUUGCUGCUGUGGGUUCUGGCUGUGACCAACGACUCCAUGCACCGUGAGAUCGAGGCUGAGCUCAACGCCCUCACAGAGGAGUUCUCAGGCAACAACAGUGCCUGUCUGUGCAUCAACGCCACGGUGUGCAAGGUCUUCCAGAAGGGCUACCUGAUGCUCUACCCCUUCAGCACCGAGUACUGCCUUAUCUGCUGCGCCGUGCUCUUCGUCAUGUGGAAGAAUGUAGGCCGCACCCUGGCACCCCAUGCCAGCGGCCACCCUGGUGCCCCACCCUUCCGCCUGCACGGGGUCAUCUUCGGGCCGCUGCUGGGCCUGGUCACACUGGUGGCCGGAGUGAGCAUCUUUGUGCUCUUCCAGAUCGAGGCCAAUGGCCCCAACAUCGGCCGCCGCUACUUCACCCUAUACUAUGCCUACUAUGUGGCCGUGCUGCCCGCCAUGAGCCUGGCGUGCCUGGUGGGCACAGCCGUCCACGGGCUGGAGGAGCGGGAGCUGGACACACUCAAGAACCCCACGCGGAGCCUGGACGUGGUGCUGCUGAUGGGUGCUGCGCUGGGCCAAAUGGGCAUCUCCUACUUUUCCAUCGUGGCCAUUGUGGCCACAGACCCACAUGAGCUGCUCAACCGCCUCAUCCUGGCCUACUCACUGCUGCUGAUCCUGCAACACAUCACCCAGAACCUCUUCAUCAUCGAGGGCUUGCACCGGCGCCCACUCUGGGAGGCGGUCCCCCAGGCUCUGGCGGGGAAGCUCCCGGAGGCUCCCCGGAGGGGGUCCCUGCUGGAGCUGGGCCAGGACCUGCAGCGGGCCUCGCUGGCCUACAUCCACUCCUACAGCCACCUCAACUGGAAGCGGCGUAUGCUCAAAGAGAUCUCCCUCUUCCUUAUUCUCUGCAACAUCACGCUGUGGAUGAUGCCAGCGUUCGGCAUGCACCCCGAGUUCGAGAACGGCCUGGAAAGAGAUUUCUACGGCUACCGCACAUGGUUCACCAUUGUCAACUUUGGCCUCCCCCUGGGGGUCUUCUACCGCAUGCACUCGGUUGGGGGGCUGGUGGAGGUCUACUUGGGGGCCUGA